UCAAAUGUAUGUUGUGUGUUCAGAUGCCCUGUGUGGACAAAGUCAUGGAACCUUAUGACAAUCAGAUUACAUGAACUUGUAAAUCGGUUCAAUUCGACCAGAACACAGCAGGACGGUUAACAUAAUAUGCAUAUGGACAUAAUAAACUAUGUAUUUGACGUCACACACAGUCAAGAAACAGAAUAUAAGGCUGGAGCUCUUAAUGAAUCUGGGUAACAUUUUGUUUGUGGAUGAGGUUUGAUAUGUGGGCUGAUGCAUCUGGUAGAGUUGACUGUAAUAAAUAAAACGAGAGAGAGCGAGAGCGAGAGAGCGGAGUUAUUGUUUAGCAGCCACCACGCGGUCGCCGCUCAUUCCACCAGUAUGCAGCAGCACGAGCUGGCCGCCUGUGUGGCGCUGUCCACCCGCGUGGUUCUGAAACACGCUCUAGAGCUCAGUGGCAGCGUGCCCACCCACCCUCUCCCCAUCUACAUCCGUAGCCUUGACGAGCACGGAUUUGAUUUAUUCUUUCACCUUUAUUAACCAAUAUCAAAGCUGAUGCAUUAUUGUUCUCAUUAUUGUUAUUAUUGUUCUCAUUAUUGUUAUUAUUGUUCUCAUAUUCGUUGUAGUAUUGGGAUAUGUUGUGGGUUACAGCUUGUGAUUGUGUAUAAUGGAAAAUGGUAUCGAGUGUAUUUAUAUGUGUAAUCUGGAUUCAGCUCUCAGGUAAUUAGUUCAUGUCAUGGACAUAUUACAGUGGAGUGAGUGAGUUCCAGGGUCCCAGGGUCUAACACAACUAACAUAUCAGAUAUGAUUUACCAGUUCCUGGGUCCCAGGGUCUGUGUGAGAGAGCGAUAGAUAGUGAGAGAGAGAGAGAGAGAGAGAGAGAGAGGAACAUGUCAUCAGAGCAACCCUUUUCCUUUGCUCUCCAGACCUCCAUACGGGUAUUUUUUAAGCUGCCUCUGCGAUGUAUUAUUAUUCUGAGCCACGUGGGUUGCUUUGACGACAUACUCCUGCUGCGCUUGCUUUCUUUUACCACAGGACGGCAACGGAGAGCCUUUGUCACCCACACAUAUAUCAGGAAGAAUUGAAACGGUGGGAAUGGAUAUAGAAUACUUCGAGAAGAAUGUUGUGUUGUGUGUCUGUUGUGUGUUUGUCCUUACAGUCCCCGCGGUUCCAUGAGUUGUUGCUUAAUCCGUUUUUAAAAGGUAAUUCUGCUGUUUGCUAGAGGAAUCGGAGAUGGAAGGGAGUUCCAUGUGAUCAUGGCUCUGUAUAAAUCUGACGAGAACCCUGGUGGCAUGUAUUGUGGGGUAUAGACGGGUGUCUGAAAGGCUACUAAGUGAUAUGAAUAGUAUAGUAGCAGUACUCAUAGUAUUACACAUUAAAUGGAGUACUGUUUUUCUCUCAUGUUGAAUUGUUAUGGUGCUUCAUAUGUUUCCCAAGAGCUCGUAUUUUCACUGUAUAGCUUUAAAUGACUGGUAAAUCCUGAUUGGUAGCUUGUGUUAGGCGCUGUGCACCAAUAGCAUGCAGAACUGUACAAAGAGAUCUACUCCCUCCCCCCAGCCUCAGCACCGUAACCCUUACAAUGCUCCGAGCUGGAGGAGAAAGAGGGAUGUGCCGAGACACAAAGCGUCUCCAUCACUGUAAAAUAUGAGCGACGUUGACAUUCGAUUACAGAUUGAGUAUCACCACUCCUGCGAAAGGGCGAAUUUUGGGUGAAAUAAUAUAUUCGUUUUGAUGUGUCGUGGAACAAUGUGGAAUAGACUGCCCGUGUGGCAGGUUCUGCUAUGGUGGCAUCAUUUCUUUCUCUUGUGGACUACAAUAGACGGACAGACUCGAUACACCAUCCCGGAGGAACUGAAACAGGGCUCUGUGGUAGGAAAUCUAGCCAAAGAUCUGGUUUUGGGACUAUCUGAUAUUUAUCGUCGUAAAUUACGAAUAACCUCGGAAGCUGGUAAGCAGUAUUUCAGUGUGGAUCUGGGGAAAGGAGAGCUGGUCGUCAGUGAAAGGAUAGACAGGGAGGAACUGUGUGGACAAAGAGUUCCGUGUAUUUUGCCUUUGGAGGUAGUGAUUGAAAAGCCCUUGCAGCUUCACCGAGUUGAUAUUGAAAUACAGGAUAUCAAUGAUAAUUCUCCCAGCUUUCUCACCAAAGAAAAAGUAUUAAAGAUUGCAGAGUCAAUAAACCCAGGCGCAAGAUUUCCACUCGAAUGCGCACUGGAUCCCGAUGUCGCUGCGAACACUAUACGCUCAUACAGCAUUAACAAAAACGACCAUUUCAAAUUGAAUGUCAAAAAUCACAAGGAUGGUAGCAAAACUCCAGAACUGGUCCUUGAAAGGUCUCUCGAUCGGGAGAAGCAACCCGUUCAUAAGCUUAUUCUCACCGCUGUAGAUGGGGGUGAUCCAGUGCGUUCAGGAACCUCUGAGAUUAGUAUCAUGGUACUUGAUAUUAAUGAUAACGCACCGCAGUUUGAGAGACAACUUUAUGAGGCUAAUGUUAACGAAAAUGCUGCACCUGGCACUCAGAUUUUACGAGUAAAAGCGACAGACCCGGACGAGGGAUUAAAUGGGGAGAUAGAGUAUGUAUUUGGAGAACAGACGCCAGACUCAGUGACUGCAUUGUUUGAUAUAGAUUCUUCGACAGGAGUGAUUGUAAUAAAAAGACAACUCAACUAUGAGCAGACGAGCUUAUAUAAAUUUGACAUAGUCGCUAAAGAUAAAGGCAACCCAGAGAUGGACGGACAUUGUGAUGUUGAAUUUAAAAUGAUUGACGUCAAUGACAACAUCCCAGAGAUAAUUGUGACGUCUCUAACGACACCUGUUCCAGAAGAUUCACCUAUCGGAACCGUGAUAGCUUUGAUAGGCGCCAAAGACUCCGACUCCGGGGACAAUGGGAAGGUGCGGUUAAGCGUGUCACCAAAGUCUCCGUUCAAGUUGAACCCGUCGGUAUCCAAGCAUUACACCCUGGUAACUAAUGCUCCUCUUGACCGCGAGCGUUACUCUCAGUAUAGUAUAGAUAUCAGUGCCAGUGAUUCAGGGAAACCCCCUUUAUCCAGCAAGAAAACUAUCAUUGUUGAUGUGUUGGAUGUGAAUGACAAUCCACCGCUAUUCUCUCAGCCCUCGUACACGGUGUACGUCAAUGAGAAUUACGCACCAGGGAAACUACUGUGUUCAGUCUCCGCCACGGAUUCCGACCUGGGGGACAACGCAAAAACCUCCUUCUCCAUCUUAGACUCCAAAGUGCAGGACGUCUCUGUAUCCUCCUAUGUGUACAUGAACUCUGACAACGGCAGCAUCUACAGCAUGCACUCAUACGACUAUGAGAAACUAAAGGUGUUUCAGAUUCUGGUGCAGGCCAAGGACCACGGGUCUCCCUCUCUGAGCAGCAACGUCACUGUCCACGUUUUUAUCCUGGACCAGAACGACAAUGCCCCCGCUGUUAUUUACCCCUCCGCUGCCCUGGGCUCGCUCUCUCACCAGAAGAUGCCGCGUUCCGCUAAAGCAGGCCACCUGGUUACUAAGGUAACGGCUGUGGACGCAGACUCGGGCCAUAACGCCUGGAUCUCAUAUAAACUGGUGGAGGCCACAGACGCGUCUCUGUUCAGUGUCAAUCUUUACACGGGGGAGGUAAGGACUAAACGCGCUGUGUCCGAGCAGGACGACUCCUCUCAGAGGCUGCUUAUAGAGAUACAGGAUGACGGGGUGCCGGUCCAGUCCGCCACGGUCACACUGACCAUACUGGUAGAGGACGGGCUCCACGAACCGAUCUUGGAUCUCCGGCAGAAAACUCCAGAACCCAGUAAGAAAAGCGGGAGAAUCACCCUGUAUUUGAUUCUCUCUCUGGCCUCGGUGUCCGUGCUGUCGCUGGUGACUUUUGUCAUCUUAGCAGUCAAGUGCGUUAGAAACAGCAGGAGCAGCGGUAGUUGCUGCAUGAGACGGGACGACUUGGACGGCUACAAGAACCCCAACAGAAACCUGCAGAUUCAGCUCAACACUGACGGGCCGAUUAAGUACGUGGAGGUCCUAGGAGGGGACAUGUUGUCUCAGAGUCAGUCCUUCAGGUCAUGUCUCUCUCCCAUGUCAGAGUUCAGUGAUUUCACCUUCAUUAAGCCCAGCAGCACCACCGACUUUAAGGAGAUGAUCAACGUCCUAGACGCGUCUUUACCCGACAGCGCCUGGACCUUUGAGAGCCAGCAGGUGAGAAGUGACGUAUGAUUUAUUGUGAUGAUAAAGAUUAUCGAA